AUGUUGGGAGACUUCAUUACUCGAUGUCUUAUACUGCUUCUGGGGUAUGCAUAUCCUGGAUUUGAAUGCUAUAAAACUGUGGAGAAAAACAGAGUUGACAAUGAGGAACUUCGCUUCUGGUGCCAAUACUGGAUCAUUGUAGCACUUUUCACAGUACUCGAAAAGUUUGCAGAUAUACUUAUUGGAUGGUUUCCCCUUUAUGGAGAGAUGAAGCUUGCGCUCUUUAUCUACUUGUGGUAUCCCAAAACAAAGGGGACGGGAUAUGUUUACGAUACUGUGUUGCGGCCUUAUGUAUCAAGUCAUGAAAGUGGCAUUGACAAGAAGUUCCAAGAGUGGAGAGCUAGGGCGUGGGGUUUGGCCAUCUUUUACUGGCAAAAUUGCAGAGAGUUGGGGCAGUCUGCGUUUUUCCAGGUUCUCGAUUUCUUGGCUGCCCAGUCUACAAGAUUUUCCGGCAAAAACUCCACUAAGAAAAAAUACAAGCAGGAUCCAACCCCGAGUGCCCCACCAUUGCCUUCAAUACGAUCAUCUUUCUUUGAGAACAACCAAGAUAAUUUCACAGGCCUCAAGAAAAAGAAGCACCACAUAGAGGAGGAGGAAUGA